GAAAGGCAUAUGUAAACAACAACAACGUUGUUUGGUGUUUUCUCGAGAAUUCUAUAUAUUUUCCCCAAGCAAAACAUCGAUUGACAGAAGUUAAUCUAAGGAAUAUGGUUAGAAUUACUGAAGAUUUAGUUAGGAAGAAGGCAGAGCACAAUGAAAGGGAGAUAUUCAGUCUGGAAGAGUUGUCUUUACAUCAGGAAAACAUUGAAAAAAUAGAGAAUUUAGACAAAUGGUGUAAACAUCUCAAGAUCCUGUAUCUUCAGAGUAAUCUAAUACCAAAGAUAGAAAAUGUAGGAAGAUUAAAGAAGUUGGUGUAUUUAAACUUAGCCCUAAAUAAUGUUGAAGUUAUAGAAAACCUUGAAGGCUGUGAGUCCCUUGAGAAGUUAGAUUUAACAGUAAAUUUUGUAGGGGAGUUAACUAGUAUAGAAUGUUUAAAACGGAACAUCUUCUUCAAGGAGCUAUAUCUAACUGGAAAUCCAUGUUCACAAUAUGAGGGGUACAGAGAUUAUGUCAUAGCAACUCUUCCACAUCUAAAAACAUUGGAUGGGACUACAGUAGAAAAGUCAGAGAGAAUCAUAGCCACACAGAACUAUGGUGUUAUAAGGGCUAGAGUUAUCCAGCAACAGAUUGAAUACAAGAAGAAAAGGGAAAAAGAGAAAGAGGAAGCAAGACAAGAGGAAGAAAAGGAAAGGUUGGAAAAAGAGGAAGAAGAGAAAGUGAAUAAGCCUGGUUUUGAUGGAACUUGGUACACAGAUAUCAAUGUGGACAAAAAUGAAAGAACAAAAAGAGAAUUAGAACAGCUGGAAAAGGAACAUGCUAAAGACAAAGAAUUUUGGGAUUCCAAGUCAGUAUUUAGUCCAGAGGAGAGGAUCAAAGCACACAAAAAGCAGGAGGAACAGAAAGAUAGAGAGAAGAAGAAAGAAGAAGCAAAAAACCCACCAAAACCUCCACGGAGAUUAUUUGCUGAAGAUGGAAGGCCUCUAAAUGUUAAUGAAUCAAAGAUAAAUUUUAAACUAACAGAAGAUGAAACAGGCAAUAGCUACCUCCUAGAUUAUAACUGCUAUAAGUAUCUAGAAACCUCCCUUAUUGAUGUGGAUGUACAACCUCAUUAUAUUAGAAUCAAAACUAAAGGAAAAAUAUUUCAGCUAGCACUAGAUCAGGAGGUUAAUGCUGACUCCAGUACCUGUCAGAGAUCUCAGAUUACAGGGAAUCUUCUUGUUACCAUGCCUAAGGCAAAGCAGAUAGUGAAACCCGCAAUGAAACCAGCAAACAAAGAAGAAAACAAAGAAAACGUGAACAAUACAGAUAAAAAGAAACCAAGUAAAACAUAUGAAAAAUUAGAAGUGGAUGAAAAGGCAAGAAAAACAGUUGAUAUUGGUGACAUUGUGAAAGAGAAAUCAGAUAACAUUGUGCCUCCCCUUGGAUCUAGACCUAUAUGUAAAACAAGAGUUGAGAGACCAAAUAGUGAACAGUUUGUUGAUAACCCUGAUGUUCCCCCGUUAGAAUGAAAGUGUGAAGAAUGUUAAUUUGGGAUAAGAUGAUAUGUUUUUUUCUUAAACCAGGUUUAGAAAAAAUCUAUGGAGCAGUAAAUAAAUGCUAAACCAGACACUGAGAUUCACUGAUACUGUACUGGAAAAACGAAAGGCUACAGUUUAUGGGUAAAAUGUGUUUGCUUGAAUGUGUAUUUUCUCAAGUCUUUAUCAGAAAAGGUUACAUGUUUUUCAAAAUUAUACUGGCCGAGGAGACCAAAGGGUUAUUCAUAAUUACAAGGUCGCCCAUCCCUGCUUGAUCAGAGACCAUGCUUCACUAGUGUCCAUUAUGAUUUGAGCUUCAAGCUUUGCCCCGCAAUAUAUUUGUAUUUGGGUAGGUUUCUGUGAUAUUUAUAAUUAAGAUACGAUAUACAGCAAACAAAGAGCCAUUAUUUUAGUAAGUUUGAUAAAAUUAAAACAUAUUAAAAAUGCAAUCUUUGUGCUGUUGUGUCUAAUACCUUGGCUAUAAUAAUAUGAUUUUACUCAUGUGAGUGCUGCCAUUUAAAAUCUAACUUUAGGGAACAGUAUAAAUGCGGGGAUAAACAAAUAAUAUGUAUAUGUACUGAUGUAGAUCCUUGCUGGUCGCAAAGUCCUAAUGUUUUUGCAUUUUGUAUGAUGAUAAAACAUUUCGUAAGAAACAGUGAGCAUGUUGAUAUAUUGGAAUAUUUUCUUAGCAGGAGAAUUACUGCAACACACCUGUAUUUACGUUGCUAUGUUUUAUAUAUCAACAGCAUGCACGUCUAGUAAUGAAAUAAAUUCAUUUAAUAACAAAAGACA